GUUAACAUCAAUGGUUAAUAAAGCAACUGUGUUAACAGUAUCCAUAUUAUUAUGGUUACGUUGGCUAACCGCUACUCUACCAGGAUAUAUUCAUCCUGAUGAAUUUUUUCAAAACCCUGAGAUUACAAGCUCAAGUAUAUUUAAUAUAGACACUUUGACACCUUGGGAGUACAAACCUGAACAUGCUUCACGUUCGAUCAUUUCACCAUUUCUUACUACUGGGAUUCCUUUUUCGAUACUAAAGUUUUGGAUGUCUAAAGACAAAUUACCAUCUUCUACUGCUUUAUUUUUAACGGAACGUAUGAGUGCUUUUAUUUGGUCACUUUUUAUUGGUAUAUUUUUGAAAAAUGAAUAGAAAAAGACAUGGAAUAAUAAUGCUUACCUGCAUAUAUAAAGAUCUAAGUGUUUAUAGACUAUGUAAACGAAUUAAUUUAAAAAAGCCUACAAUUCCCAUGCUUUUAGUUGCCACAAGUCAGGUAACAUUAGCCUAUCAUACGCGUCCAUUUUCCAACGCUUUCGAGAGUGUAUUACUUUGUUUAAGUUUAAGCUUGUAUGCUGACUUUGCUAGUGAGGCAACAAGCAAGCGUGCAUUUUUUUUGGGAUCAUUAUUUAGUUUAGGAGUCUUCACUAGAAUUACUUUUCCACUUUACGCUUUUCCAAUAGGCAUAGCUUUUAUAUAUAAAGCUUAUCAACGAAGCAAUAACUUCAACCAGUUUAUUACAUUUGCUUAUUCACUUCUGGUCGGAUUUGCUUGUAUUUCUAUAGUUAUUAUUGCUGUAGAUUCAGUAUACUAUGGUAAAUUAACUUUUACAGUAAAUGGCCAACCAUUUAGAGAUGUUGGUCAUGUUAUCUCGACUUUAUUCGAUCCAACUACGCUAGCAACUGUUCGUUCAUAUGGAGAUGUUGUUAUUACACCACUUAAUAACUUGCGUUAUAACUUAAAUGUUGAAAAUUUGGCUGAGCAUGGUAUUCAUCCGAGAUAUACGCAUUUUGCUGUUAAUUUACCUGUACUUUAUGGUCCUCUUUUUAUUUUUGCUUUCUUAUAUCUUCCAACUGCAAUUGUAGAAGCUUGGAAUGAUCCAAACUCUCACAUAUUUUAUGUUCUUGUUAGCGUCCUUUUUUCAGGUGUAGUUGGUCUCUCUAUUAUUCCUCAUCAAGAAGCUAGAUUUUUAUGUCCUUUAUUAGUACCUCUUGUUUUUAUUUAUACUUGGAAACAACCAAAAUUGCCUGCAGUAUUUUGGACAAUGUGGAUUAUAUUUAAUAUUGUAACAACCUAUAUAUUUUCUGUUAUUCAUCAGGGAGGUAUUGUGCCCGCAAUGGGAUUCUUACAACGUCAAACGACAAAUAUACAUGAUUGCCAUAUUCUUGACUCUGGAGAUUUAUCAUGCACUAUUGGUCUAUCAAAUCUAACAAAUAUUGGUGAAAAUCCUUUUAAUGUUACAACUAAUAUCGUAUUUUAUAAAACAUAUAUGCCUCCUCGACAUUUACUUGUAAUUCCUAAAGAAAAUGGAAAUAAUCACAUCAAUAUUUUUGAUUAUUCUAGUCAAUUAAAUAAAACAAUAGCACAAUUGAAUAAUAGUCCAGGUGUAGCUUUGCGUCGACAUACAAAGGGAAAGCCACAAAUCGAAUUUGCUAAAUCAACUACAGAAAAUUCUUAUGAAAGGACACUAUUUGUUGUACCAAGCUUCGUUCCUUUACCUAAACUUAAUAAUCGUCGUUAUUUAUUAAUGGCCACUUAUAGUCCACAUGUAAGCUUUGAUGAUAUGGAUGCAAUGUUUGAACGAGCUGCAGAAACCAAUUCACCUGAAAGUCAAAUGAAUAUUAAUCUAUUUUUGAUUCUUUCAGAAAAGGAUGAUUUCGAAGUUACUAGCUAGUUUUUUUUUUUUUUUAAAAAAAA